AUGGAUUUUGCUACCUGGUUUACUGCUGCAAAGUCCUUGGUUAUUUUUGGAAUGGGGGAAGAUGAGAGAGCAUGGAUCCUCCUUCGAUCCGCGCUUGAACACAUGACGGGCUUGACUUUGCUAUCCCUUCGGGGUGGUUUCAGCUACAACCUAAGUAUACCCCGGGUGGUAGAAAUACUGUCCGACUUCAAGCUUGAAGAUAUUCGAACCCUUCACCUCGAGGGUAUAUCUAUGAGUGAUGACACUCUAUCGUGGAGAAAUCUGCAGGAAAAGGCGGGAACUGCUAAAUUUACUGCACUAGAACUACGAAGUUUUCUCCAGACGCCAGAUGUUCUGAAGGACCUCGUCAGGUGGCCAGCCCACCUGGAAAAGUUCACUCUCGAACACACAUAUGGAGCAUGCUACGGUGUAGUUGGCUUAUAUAUGGAUUGGAGCUUGGCCAUAUUGCGGCCCAUCUUAGCCAUUCAUCAAUCCACCCUCCGCUCUAUUAGUAUCAAGUGUAUAAACGUGGCUGGCCUGGACGGAUUUGAUCUACGCGAGUUUGAGAACCUGGAAGAACUAAGUCUGUCAUACCAAUCUACAAAGGGGACUGUCGAUAUCCAUUUGAUCCCAAACUUGCUUGCUCCGCAGCUUCGUGUUUUCCACUGGGACCUGACGCUCGAGGACCAGCAGAGCAAUGAGAGCUUGGGGGAUUUUCAGCAGAAAGAAGAAAAUUGGCUGCGUAGGCUGGCGCUUUCAGCCGUCACACAAAGGUGUCCACUGCGUAGGAUUGAGAUUACAUUCACACCCCUAUACACGUAUUACUUUGACGGUGUAUACCCGUGGGACCUGAUGGAUGCUCUUGGACGGGAGCUGCAACCCCAUGGAAUCCAGGUGUCGGUCGUCGCCAACCCUGGUAGUAAGUACCGCACAAAAGCAUCCCGCCGCACACUGAACUUUUUCCUCCCCUCGCCAACCACAACAGUCGACAAAAAUCAUUCCUCGACAACCGUCAAGAUGGCUUUCCACAAGGUCGUUAAGAACAGCGCGUACUACAGCCGCUUCCAAACCAAGUACAAGCGCAGGAGGGAAGGAAAGACCGACUACUAUGCUCGCAAGCGCCUGAUCACCCAGGCCAAGAACAAGUACUCGUCCAAGAAGUACCGUCUUGUGGUCCGCUUCACCAACCGCGACAUCAUCACCCAGAUCGUCUACUCCGAGAUCACCGGUGACAAGGUCAUCGCUGCCGCCUACUCCCACGAGCUGAAGCGCUAUGGAAUCGAGCACGGUCUGACCAACUGGUCUGCUGCCUACGCCACCGGUCUGCUCCUCGCCCGCCGUCUGCUCAAGAAGCUCGAGCUUGACGAAACCUUUGAAGGUGUUGAGGAGGCCGACGGUGAAUUCACCCUGACCGAGGCCGCCGAGACCGACGACGGUACCCGCCGUCCCUUCAAGGUCUUCUUGGACGUUGGUCUCGUCCGCACCUCCACCGGUGCCCGUGUCUUCGGUGCCCUCAAGGGUGCCUCUGACGGUGGCCUGUUCGUCCCUCACUCCGAGAGCCGAUUCCCCGGUUACGACAUUGAAUCCAAGGAGCUUGAUGCCGAGACCCUCCGCAAGUACAUCACCGGUGGCCACGUUGCCGAGUACAUGGAGGCUCUUGCCGACGACGAUGAGGAGCGCUACAAGAGUCAGUUCAGCGAGUACAUUGACGAUGAGGUUGAUGCCGGUGACCUCGAGGACGUCUACCUGGAGGCCCACAAGGCCAUCCGCGAGGACCCCCUCAAGAAGGAUGAGGACGAGGGCCCCAAGAAGACCAAGGAGGAGUGGAAGGCCGAGAGCCAGAAGUACCGCACCAAGAAGCUCACCUACGCCGAGAAGCAGGCCCGCAUCCAAGAGAAGAUCCGCGAGCUUGCUGCUUAA